GCCACCUCCCCAAGGGCCCAGGCUUCUCUGGAGCAGCUCCUGCCUCCUGAAGCUUUUCGCAGACCUCAGAGCCACUGAGGGCAGGUCCCCCUGGGGCCCUGCCCCACAGCGUCAUGAUGGGGAAACUGCCCUUGGGGGUUGUGUCCCCUUAUGUGAAGAUGAGUUCGGGGGGCUGCACAGACCCCCGAAAAUUCUACGCCACCAGCUAUUGCACAGCCUAUGGCCGGGAGGACUUCAAACCCCGCAUAGGCAGUCACAAAGGCACCGGCUACAAAUCAAAUUUCCGGCCUGUGGUCUCAAACCAAACCAGUCUCGGUGCUCUGGACUACCCAGCCAUGGGGGAACAAGUCCAGGACAAGGUUCAGACAGUAACUGGUCAGAGUUACCGCCCUCUAGAGGUACCUGAUGGCACACACCCACUGCCCUUGAACACGUACCACACCAGGUCUGGCUACUCUAGGGAGAAGGUCAAUUCCACGACCCCCACCAAGGAGGUCAGGAAGGUCCAUUUUGACACCCAGGACUACGGGCCCCAGGCCAUCACAGGGCUGGAGCCCAAGCAUGUGCCCCUGCUCCACCAGGAGCAGAACAAGGGCUCGCUGGAGUGGGAGAACAACCGAUAUGGCCCGCGCUUCAUGACUUCCGAGUAUAAUUCCAAGUAUCUCAAGGAGCCUUCAAACCAGCCAGAUCUCUUGCAGAAGAAAUCAAUUGGUGCCAAGGAGGACACAGGCUUCACCAAGGAAUCCACCAAGAACCCCAUGGUCUUCCAGCCGCCCUCUCAGGCGCCCCCUGGGAACCCAACUGAUGCUCUUCUGCCGGUCUCUUUCCAGGUCCUCUUUCCCGGCCGGAGUGUCACCAAGUCGGACUUUGUCCCCAUGACCCACCCUCAUGGGGACGAGCUCCUGCCAGGGCUGGCCCGAGGCUCUGAGAGGGAGACAGGCUUCAGCCGAGUGAAUGAGAGGACUCUGAACCCCAGAGUGUCCACUCCCGGUCCGGAACUAAGCAGCAUGAGCCACUGGCAAUUCCAGCCGCCCCAGCGGGUACAGCAGACAAAUGUUGCCCUCCUUGGCCGGGAGACUGUGGGGAACAAGGAGCCCACAGGGUACAGCCUUAACAACCCUAGCUAUGUCCGGAGCCCCUCUGACCCUGACACGGAUAAUCGAUACCUCACCACCUACAACCAAGGGUACUUCGAGAACAUUCCCAAGGGUCUGGACCGGGAAGGCUGGACUCGAGGUGGCAUCCAGCCCCAGAAGCCCGGAGGCUACACCCUCAACCAGCCUGUCACCCGCAUGGAGGCCACCCCCAACCCCACGGAGAGCCUGAGGCACCUGCACCCCCACGUGGGAAGGACCCUGAUCUCAGAGGACCCCUUCUACCGCACUCCACCUCACAGCAGCCGCUUCAAUCCACUUAACGGAGUCUAAGGCCUGGGUUUGUCAACUCAAACGGACAAGAGCUGGAUGCUGUGCCUGUUUCCACCCCGCUGCCCACUGGGACUCCCCUGGCUACUUUCCUAUUGAAAUAAAGAGCAGUGAAGCAGA